AACACUGCACUGGCCCAGCAAAUAGCACACCAGUCUUUCCAUCUCAUCUCGCAGUAUUUACACUUGGAAGGCCGUCGUUCGUCUCGAACAGUCUCACCACCGCGGUCUCUUCCUGUUGUGUCCCUCGACGUUGGCUAUGGAGGGAAGGCGGAUCCCUCGGCUCGUGCCGGCGUUGACGCUGUUGCUGAUUAGCUUCGCCUUUUUCCAGAUUCGCGCGUCUGAGGUGAUCUUCUACGAGUCGUUUGACGAGCCAUUCGAGGGAAGGUGGGUGGUGUCUGAGAAGGAUGACUACAAAGGUGUAUGGAAGCACUCCAAAAGUGGGGGACACGAUGAUUAUGGUCUUCUUGUCAGUGAGAAAGCGAGGAAGUAUGCAAUUGUGCACGAACUUGAUGAGAUUGUGAGUCUUAAGGAUGGCACGGUUGUCCUGCAAUAUGAAGUUCGACUCCAGGAUGGGCUCGAGUGUGGUGGUGCAUACUUGAAGUAUCUUCGACCUCAGGAUGCUGGAUGGAAAAUCAAGGAAUUUGAUAACACGUCUCCAUAUACUAUCAUGUUUGGACCAGACAAAUGCGGUUCAACCAACAAGGUGCAUUUCAUUUUCAAGCACAAAAACCCCAAAACUGGAGAGUACGUGGAACACCAUCUCAAGAACCCUGCAUCUGUGCCCUACGACAAACUCUCUCAUGUCUACACUGCUGUAUUGAAGCCUGAUAAUGAGCUGAGGAUAUUAAUAGACGGUGAGGAGAAGAAGAAGGCAAAUUUCCUCUCGGCUGAAGACUUUGAGCUGCCACUCAUCCCACCUAAGACAGUUCCUGACCCUAACGAUAAGAAGCCAGAGGAUUGGGAUGAGCGAGCGAAGAUCCCAGAUCCCGAUGCAGUGAAGCCAGAUGAUUGGGAUGAGGAUGCCCCGAUGGAAAUUGUAGAUGAAGAUGCAGUGAAGCCCGAAGGUUGGUUGGAUGACGAACCCGAGGAGAUUGAUGACCCUGAAGCUACGAAGCCUGAGGAUUGGGACGAUGAGGAAGAUGGGGAGUGGGAGGCUCCCAAAAUUGACAACCCCAAGUGUGAGACAGCACCUGGUUGCGGUGAGUGGAAGAGGCCAAUGAAAAGGAACCCCGCAUAUAAAGGGAAGUGGCAUGCUCCCCUCAUUGAUAACCCGAACUACAAGGGCAUCUGGAAACCUCAAGAGAUCCCAAAUCCCGAUUACUUUGAGCUUGAGAGACCCGAGUUUGAUCCUAUUGCUGCCAUUGGCAUUGAGAUUUGGACAAUGCAAGAUGGAAUUUUGUUUGACAAUAUACUAAUUGCAAGUGAUGAGAAGGUAGCAGAGACAUACAGGGAAACAGCAUGGAAACCCAAGUUUGAAGUUGAAAAGGAGAAGCAAAAGGAGGAGGAUAAAGACACUGAUUCCCAUGAUCUCUCGGCCAUCCAUAAGAAAGUUUUUGACGUCCUCUACAAGAUAGCUGAUGUACCUUUACUGGAUCCAUAUAAACCUAAGAUCUUGGAUCUUCUUGAGAAGGCAGAGAAACAGCCGAAUAUAACGGUUGGUGUACUGGUCUCCAUUGUGGUAAUCAUUUUGUCGUUUUUCUUCAAGAUCCUUUUUGGUGGGAAAAAACCAGCGGUCGAUGUGCCGGAGGCACGGAGUGAAACAGCUCCCGAGACUUCCGACGGUCAAGGUGGCGGUGAAGACGAGGCAGACGAGGACGAGAAGGAAGAGGCAGCUGCUGCUCCUCGCAGGAGAUCUACCAGAAGGGAAACUUAAGCGAGGCACGUGUGAAUGGCUUUCUGAGUCAUUACUUCUUAUUUCGAGUAGAAAUAGUGUAUGUCGCAGGGUAUUUGUGGUUAGAUGAUUUUUCGACUCUGUCGUGGGGGUGGAAACUGAAUUAGAUAUAUGUAGAACCCUAGGUUCGCCUGAAUUACGUCUCGAAAUGUUGUGUUGUUGGGAUUUUGUUGCAGAUGUUUAGUUCCUAUGGACAAAGAAAGUUGUCGAAAGGAAAGAGCGUUGGAGU